AUGGCCGAUGACACAAUGGCGCGCCAACUGGCCCUGCAGGAAGAGGCCAUGAAGCAGUGGCAUACACAGCAGCAACAGGUGUCGCAGCCGGUCUUCCAGGCCACGCAGAGUUUGUGGUUCGAGCAAAGGCGCUCGAUGAAGAGAGGGCCGCCUUCCGCAAUGGGGAUCUCAAGCACUGGUUUGAGUACUCCUCAGGCGGUGUCGAGCGAACGCGCCGAUACGGAGAUGCCAGAAACCGCACCGGCCGCGCCAAGUUCCUCGACUACUCCUCAGACCUCCUUGUUCCAACCGCUGCAGUACGACAGCGACGCCGCUACCCAGCUCACGGCCGCGGAGUGUGGGGUCAACCCCAAUGACCCCGAGAAGGUCAAGGAGUGGUUGGUUGAUCCGGCUACUCCUCCGAGCGGAUCCCAGUGGAGUACGAUCACCAUUUUAACUUUCAAAGCAUGGGAUCUGCGUGAAAAGUUUAUGGCUGAUUUCGGAGGUGCAACCGGCACAGCACUCUGGAAGGACAGCCGAACGCAGGUCAAGG